AAAUUUUUCAAUCUGUUUCCAAUUCUCUGUUCACUGUUGAGAAAUGCAGUUGAAGUAGAGGCAGCGGUGGAGUAAUGGAAUGCAUCGCCGCCGGCAUCACGGGGCUUCACUUCCUUCUCUGUUUAUAUUCCGGGGGUAUUUAUCUUGUUUGUCAUUUAUGCUUGCAAAUGAUGAUUAUGUUUAUCAACAAAAUCAUGAAUUUGAUGCUUUCAAAUGUCUUUCGUGUAUUUGAUUCCUAACCUUUUAGGACCAUUCGGUUCUUGUUUGAAGCCGAUGGUUAGUGUUAAGUGGUCUCUUUUAUCCGGUUUACGAACACCUUUGCUAUACAUAUGACCCUUGAUUUCGUGUAUUUUUCAACCAUAAUUAAAUGUCGUUUUAAUAAUUCGUGUAUUUUUCAACCAUUAAAUCCAAGUAUUGAAUAGUAUACCUACUUUAGGUUUAGUCAAGUAUUGAAUGUUGAAUUAUUUGCCUGCUUUCGUGGAAGAAACAAAUUAAAACGACAUAAAUUUCAUGCGUUUUAUUUUAUGACCCUUGAUUUGUUAUUAAAUGAAAUGGAGGGAUAGGAUUAACUCACAUUAUAUCCUCAAUAUUUUUGCUCAAUGGAGAAAAUCCGUUUCCCUUGGAAAUAAAGGUACAUACAACAAUUUUAACCAAAUUAGGCAAAGUACUAGUACUAUAUAAACAGUUUCAUAGUCCUUAGAGAAUCCGAACCUAUAUUCAAAUAUCUAGGGGACAUGGCACAAAAUGAGAAUGAGGAUAGGGCAGUUGACAGCGGUUUUGAAUUUGAACAACAUGUUGAUGAUGAACAAAAAAAAUUGGAACAACAAAAGAGUACAAGGUUGUUGGAAGAAGAAGAAACUUCUGUUGAGAAAGUGUUUAAGCACUUAUUGGUUCCAUCAUGGAAGAAUCAAUUAACUUUCAGAGCUUUUGUGGUUAGCUUUUUUCUCAGCAUACUUUUCAGUUUCAUUGUGAUGAAGCUUAAUCUCACUACUGGGAUUAUACCUUCACUUAAUGUCUCUGCUGGUCUUUUGGGAUUCUUCUUUGUCAAAACUUGGACAAAGUUUUUGGAAAAAUCUGAUUUGUUGAAACAGCCUUUUACAAGACAAGAGAAUACUGUUAUUCAGACUUGUGUUGUUGCUUCCUCUGGAAUUGCUUUUAGUGGAGGAUUUGGGAGUUACCUAUUUGGAAUGAGUGAACAUGUAGCCAAUCAAUCUUCAGACACUAGUGAUUUUAAGGAUCCAAAAUUGGGAUGGAUAAUUGCUUUCCUCUUUGUUGUUAGUUUUUUGGGCCUCUUCUCAGUUGUACCUCUUAGAAAGAUUAUGGUUAUUGACUUCAAAUUAACAUAUCCAAGUGGUACAGCAACUGCUCUUCUCAUCAAUAGCCUCCACACUCCUCAAGGAGCUAAACUAGCAAAGAAGCAAGUUAAAUUGUUGGGAAAAUUCUUCAGUUUGAGUUUCUUAUGGGGUUUCUUUCAAUGGUUCUAUACAGCUUCUGAUGGGUGUGGAUUUCAAGCCUUCCCUUCAUUAGGGCUCAAAGCAUAUGAUAAUAGGUUUUUCUUUGAUUUUUCGGCACUCUAUAUUGGUGUGGGAAUGAUUUGUCCAUAUAUCGUAAAUAUAUCAGUUCUCCUUGGAGGAAUUCUUUCGUGGGGAAUAAUGUGGCCUCUCAUAAAAACAAGAGAGGGUCAUUGGUACAAAGCAGGCCUUGGUGACGGCAGCCUUGAAGGAAUCCAAGGUUAUAGGGUAUUUAUAGCCAUAGCAAUCAUCCUGGGAGAUGGUUUAUACAACUUUGUCAAGGUUCUAACUCAUACCUUAUUUAGUUUGUUCAAUCAAAUCCGGAACAAACAAAGGGCGAACGCUCUACCUGUUGCGCAUCAAGACUCCUCCUCAAGUCCAGAGCUAUCUUAUGACGAUCAGCGGCGGAAACAACUAUUUCUUAAAGAUCAAAUUGCUACAUGGUUUGCAGUUGGAGGAUAUGUUGCUAUUGCGGCCAUCUCUACAGCCACAUUGCCACACAUCUUCCCUCAACUAAAAUGGUAUUAUGUACUUGUUAUAUACCUAAUUGCUCCAACCUUAGCAUUUUGCAAUGCUUAUGGUUCUGGACUAACAGAUUGGUCCCUAGCAUCAACCUACGGAAAACUAGCCAUCUUCACAAUUGGCGCAUGGGCCGGUGCAUCACAUGGUGGAGUUCUAGCUAGUCUAGCAGCCUGUGGAGUUAUGAUGAACAUCGUUUCGACAGCUUCUGACUUGAUGCAAGAUUUCAAAACCGGUUACCUUACCCUGGCUUCGCCACGGUCCAUGUUUGUGAGCCAAAUAAUCGGCACAGCAAUGGGAUGUGUGAUUUCGCCUUGUGUGUUUUGGAUUUUCUACAAAGCAUUUCCUGACCUAGGAACACAUAAAAGUCAAUACCCUGCACCGAACGCAAUUGUGUUCCGCAACAUGGCAAUACUUGGAGUACAAGGAUUUGGUUCUUUACCAGAUAAUUGUCUACUGAUUUGUUAUAUAUUCUUUGGUGCGGCGAUUGGGAUUAACUUGAUUAAGGAUUUGGUUGGUAAAGUAGGGAGGUUCAUACCACUUCCAAUGGCUAUGGCAAUACCUUUUUAUUUAGGACCUUAUUUUGCCAUUGACAUGUGUGUUGGAAGUUUCAUAUUGUUUGUUUGGGAAAAGCUUAAUAAGGCCAAGGCUGAUGCUUUUGCACCUGCUGUUGCUUCUGGUUUGAUAUGUGGUGAUGGAAUAUGGACUUUGCCUGCUUCAAUACUUGCUAUUGCUGGAAUUAAGCCACCCAUUUGCAUGAAGUUCUUGUCAAGGGCCACAAAUAAUAGGGUUGAUGUUUUCUUAGGGAAUUAAGGUCAGUAGCUUCUUUUUCCGCCAUCAAAGUCACUUCAGAAGUAUACUUUCGAAAGAAAAAAAAAAAAAAACUUUUAUGUCGUCUGUAAAUUUACUUCCAGACAAAUACACGGUUUUUUCCUAUCCAGAAAUAUACUUCCGAAGAUAUGUGUGUGGUCUUUUAGACAUUGGAGGUGAGAAAAGAAGUUCUCUCGCUAAGGUCGAGUUCUAACUGAACUUGGCAUCUUGUGAAAGUUUUGAAAGAUUGUUGCUGCAAUGUAAAUCGGUCGAAUAUUACCUUAAGUUUGCAAUCCUAAACUUUCAGUAGUCAUAUAGUUGAAUACAUCACAGGAAAGAAAAAGUAUUAUUAUUCUUGUUAAAUUUAAUAGAACAUUACGCCGUCGUUUGAUCCAUGUAGUCGACCCAACUUAGCGGAUAAGGCUUGGUGGUGGUUGUUACUGUUAUUGUAUUUUAUUUUAUUUUAUUUUGAAUGUUGUAUAUCAGAUAUAUCAUAAAGAAAUACAUGAUUUGAAUGA